UUAAUUUUUUAUUAAUUUUCUCUCAAAGGGAAAUGUUACAAUAAAAUAUUAAAUUAAAGUUUAAAUUGAUGAUUAUUUGUAGAUUGAUGGUCAGUUUAAUCGUUAAAACUGAAUUACCAGAAAUAGAUAUAGAUUUAAAUAAUGAUGAGGAUAUAAACCGAUAUUAUAAUUAUAUUUAUAAUGGCGUUAAUACUUUUCACACGCAAAUUCAAGAUAACAUUUUAGAGAAGAUAUUAAAUUUAGUUCCGUACUAUUUGAGAAAUCGAUUCAAUUAUUACACGGAAGAUUUGUUAAUCGAAAUUAGAGAUACGUAUACAAGGAAUAUGAAGAAAGCGAUAGUGGAACACGCACUUCAAGAUCCCAUGGAAUAUUAUUUACUAGAGGUUCGAUUGAAAUUAUAGUUCGAUUUAAUUAUAUUUUUUUUAUAACUA